AUGUCGCCCAUCUCCGUCUUCCGCAUCGCGACCCGCGCCGUCCGCCCUUCCGGCUUCAUCAGAGCGGCUCAAUUGCCCCGUCCCCGGGUGCAGGCCCCCGUUGCUCUGGCUAUCGCCCGUCCCAGCUUCAGCACCUCCGCUAAGCGCUUCGGCGGUCACCACGAGGACGAGACAUACGAGGAGUUCUCUGCCAGAUUCGAGAAGGAAUUCGACGGUGUUCAGGAUGUCUUCGAGCUCCAGCGUAAUCUCAACAACUGCUUCGCCUACGAUCUCGUUCCCUCCGUUGAGGUCCUCACCGCUGCUCUGAAGGCUGCUCGUCGCGUCAACGACUACCCCACCGCUGUCCGGAUCUUCGAGGGUGUCAAGGCCAAGGUCGAGACCCAGGAGCAGUACAAGCAAUACCUUGAGGCCCUUGAGGGUCUCCGCCAGGAGCUGGGUGUUGCUCUCCGUGAGGAGCUCUACCCCGAGGAGGCGUAA